AGCUCGCAUCCAGGUACGUAUAGAUCGUCAUCCUUUCUGAAGUACUUGAUUUAUCGUCCAUUCUCUGAUUUUCUUUAACCAUGGAGAAUGGUCUCCUCAACGAGCAUGAGAAGGAGUCUCAUCCUGCACAGCCCCCACGUCAAUCCUCAUGGAGAACCGGAUUCUGGCGGCGCUUUCCCCAUUCUGGAGUUUUCGCCCUUGUCGUUGCGCUGGCUGCAACGGUCAGCAUGAUAUACAUCAUCGCCACAUCAGACGGUCAGCCCAUUACCUCCUGGAAAUAUCAACCCACUGUGUGCCUCGCUAUUUCAUACACGAUCGCGAACAUUGCGCUGCAAUAUGGUCUCGCGCAAGCUGUCACGAUUGCCUGGUGGGUAAAGGCCUUGAAAGGCAACGCGAAAGUCAAGGAUCUGCACAAUAUUUGGUCGUUCGGACAUGGUGUUGUCCCCAUACUGCGAUCGGGGCGGUCUUUUAAUCUUGUCGCUCUGGCUGGACUCGCUGUCACCCUGGCGCCCAUUAACGGACCUCUUUUGCAACGCGCUUCCGUCAUCCACGAACGAACGCGGGUCGAGAUGAAGAAUAUCACUAUAGCCAUCGCGGAAGAGAUUCCCCUGGGCUAUACUGGUGUGAGCAGCAAUCUUGAGCAGCCUACUUUGAUGUCGCCCUCGUUUAGCGAAAUCGCCAAGCAGCAUACUGAUGGCCGAUCUAUGAAUGUCUCGGGUUCAGGCUGUGAAGGCUUGUGCAAAGGCACAUUGCGUGGCGCCGGCUACGAUAUGCGUUGUGUCCAGGAUAGUAUCGGCAAUUAUAACUACUCUGCUUUUGGGGGUAGUUUCAACACGAAGGCAGAUAUCUUUUGGUCAAACUUCACCGCCUCUCGUCUCUUCGAAGGUCAAGAGAUAAUCAUGAACUUCACCGCAAUCUACAAAGGAGACGAAGGUUGUGAUGCGCCGAUCAACAGAACCAAUUGCGAGCUGCGGCCCGCCACUAUGGACUAUCCCUUCAUAUUGAGCAACGAUUCAAUCACUCUGGACCCAGAUAGUUCAUGGAAAUCAGACCGAGUUCAGGCCCUUUACUCACCUUGGAUUGACUCGGAUUCCGACUAUCUAGUUCAAAGCACUCAUUCUGGUGUGUAUCUAUAUUUAGAUGCUCAGUGGCAAUCGAACAUGUACACCUACAUUGCUGGGGGCCCUCUAGGCUGGAGAGGCUACACUUCCGGGACGACUGUACUCAGAUAUAUGAGCGACUUUGCGGGCCUAGAAUCCGGCUUUUGUAACAUGACGCUUCCAGAUCCAACAUCCGACGUCUUGACGUCAGUACGCGAGCUGGCCUUCCGAACCGCCCUAUACAUACCUCAAACAAAGGGUGAUAUUAUGAAAGUGAAUCCGGAACCUCCAAUCGAAUAUCCAUACUCCCCAUUCGUACCGUUGAAUGAGGCGGAAAGGAAGCGUACUUUCGAACAAACGAUCGAAAUCGAGCAGACCACACAAGAAGUCGUGUUCAAGAGUCAAUACCAGUUCCUCGCCAUUGCCAUCGGCAUCACGCUAGUAGCCACGGGCUGUGUUCUCACGGUACUGGCGGGAUGGUGGCAUCUAGGCCGCGAGGUGUCGCUCUCGCCCAUCGAGAUUGCAAAAGCCUUCAACGCGCCGCUUCUUGCAGAGUCACAUCCCAAUGCAGAAGUUAUAAGACUGCUGAAGGAAUGCGGCGGGCAAAGAUUGAGAUACGGAGUAGUGUGGGAGAAUCCUGACUAUCCCGUGACUUCGAUACCGACGCUGAGACUGGAGAAGACGGAGCUGUGUGAGAAACCGCGGCAUGGACAGGUGGUAGGUCAUUAGCCUUCCCUGUGCGGAAGAGUCGCACAGAUUAUCAGAAUGCGAGUUUCGACGUACCUAGGUCUUAAGAUUGAUACGUUCAGA